AUGCUGAACACCAGGCCAUACCAGUGCCAGCGAUGUUCCCGCUCAUUCGCUCGUCUGGAGCAUCUCCAACGCCAUGACAGAUCCCACACCAAGGAGAAGCCGUUUUCCUGCGUCCAAUGCACCAAGGCCUUCACGCGCAAAGACCUAUUGGCACGCCAUGAACGUCUCGCCCAUAACCCUGCGGCCAGCCCCGCGAGCCAUUUGACGCAGUCGCCUUCGCCCGCUCAUCCAAUCCCUGAUGGCUUAGAUACCCUAGCAGCUGUGGUGACUAACCACGCCCACUCCAAUCAUCACACACCCCCGGGGAGUAGGGAGCAGUUUCCGCCGCUGUCGACCGUACAUCGAACGCCCAUGAUCGGCACUCCGCUGCCCAGCGAUACUCCAUCGGCAGGACCGACCACUCCGGAAUUUGGAUAUUCUCUAGGCGAUAUCCCGGCACAUUCCUACGAGGCAAACGACUUCACCUCGUUUUUGGACAGUGUUCCCUUGCCGAGCCACCCUUUCUCGCCGGCAUAUCAGCCCCUUCCCUUGUUUCCGCCGCUACCCUUUUCUCCAAUUCCCGAUUAUGAACAAUCCUCAGACCGCGGGCCACCGACGGAGACAACCUCGACUCCUUCCAGCUCGGUGCUCCCUCGGCAUGGAGCACAGCUCCCUUCCCUUCAACCGGAGGGGUACCAAACCACCCCCAAGGCUCGACAACCAACGGGAUUUGUGCCGGUCACUGCCCAAUGCCGAGAAAAGAUCCUGAACCUCUUAUCAGAAUAUGCCAAUGUAGUACCGGAUCUGUCUCUCCCUUCUCGACAUGCCCUAUCCCGAUGCCUCACAGGGUAUCUCACAGGAUACCACGACCACUACCCAGUCGUACACAUCCCGACAUUGGACGUCGACUCGAUGACAUUACCCCUAUUUCUUUCGAUGGCGGCACUUGGUGCACGGUAUUGUCGCGAGCCCGACACCAGCAUGCGCCUAUAUCAGAUCGCCAAGCCUGUCACAUUAGAGCACGUUCGAAGACAGUUUCAGUCGGGAAAGAUGCCCUCGGUCAAUGCGGCUGAUGAUAUCGAUACUUUUGAAACAGUUCUAGCUUUGUUAUUUCUCACGUCGGUCUCGUCAUGGUUCAUCAACAACCCCCGAGGGCUGAACCGGCUGCCAGAACGUGAUGGUUCAUGGACCAGCUGGAUCCGGUGGGAGUGCGUAAAACGUACCAAACUAAUCGUGUUUUGCUUUUUCAACAUCCAUACUAUCGUUUUCGAUCUACCUCCCGUCAUUCUCGCUGAAGAACUCUCCCUCGACCUUCCUUGCACCGAGAAAGAGUGGCAGGCACCCGGGGCCGAUCUCUGGCAGGCCGAGCGCAACAAGAGUCCUGGCGAGCCUAAAGUUCAGGAUGCCCUUGCGGCGUUGUUCGCGCCCAGCAGCGGCAUGGAACGCCUCUCCUCGCUCGGCGGCUACGUGCUCAUUCACACAAUUUUGCAGGACAUUUGGCUGAUGACCAAGGCAGGCCGGUUGCCUGUCUCCCGACGUAACCGAUUUGGUAGUCCGUCAGCUAGCACAAGCACCUCGGAGAUUGUGGCGAUCGAGCAGGCUCUAGAACGUUGGUGCCAGUGCUGGGAACGCAACCAAGAAUCCUCGAUCGAUCCACUGAGCCCGCAUGGCCCACUGUCGUUUACAUCAGCCGCUCUUCUCCGUCUCGCAUACAUCCGACUGAACGCUGACUGCGGGUCUACGCGGCAGCUACAGACCUGGGACCCGGUGCAGAUCGCAUCGAGUCUAAAGGACAAUCUGACCGUGCGCCGCGGGGAUAGACUAACACGCGCGGCGCUUCACUGCGCCCACGCACUCAGCACGCCGGUCAAGCUCGGCAUCGGCUUUGUGGCCCACUCACAGGUCGCACUGUGGUCCAACCAGCACGCGCUGUGCUCGCUGGAGUGUGCCGUGCUGCUGGCCAAGUGGCUCGAGGCUGUUACUGUGCCCAACCCGGAGCCGGCGCUGUCCGCCCAGGAAACCCGACUGCGGGACUUUGUCUUGGAGAUGGUCAUGGAAGUGCAGUAUGGGGUCUCGCGUGAGUGGCUGCUGGCCAGGAAUACACGGCUGAGUGCGGCCGUGACUCGGCUGUGGGCGCGUUUGUUUACCGCAGAUUAUAUUUGGGAGAUGGUGAACCUGAUCGGGCGGUCGUUGAAUAGCUAUGCGGAUUUAUUAGAGCAGACAUGA